AGGAGCCUCCCCCAAAUAUUGUGGGAGAGACCAGACGAGGUGAAGCAGCAUUCUAAAAUUACAAAAACAUUUCCAAAGAGCUAAACAAGUUUCACCGGAACACUAAUAUGAGUGCAAGUAGCUUAGUCGCAGAGGCAGUCUGGAAGGCCAUUGAAUCAGCUGGUUCAGUGACCGAUGAACAUCUUUCCACGUUGCAUUUCUUGUUUGGUAAGAAUUUGGAGCGAGCAACUAGGAUAGUUGAUCAAAGAGGUGUCAAGAGGAUUGUUGGCGAGCCCAGUGGACGUUCUAUAUUUCAGGUUGUUGGAGAAUCACAAAGGAAGGAGGAGUACUUCUGUUUUGCUGAACACUAUUGUGCUUGUUAUUCAUUCUUCUAUGACAUUGUAAACAGAGGAGAGCAGCUAUGUUGUAAGCAUCAAUUAGCUGCAAGACUUGCUGCAGCAUUGGGAGCAUCCAUUGAUGACAAGGUGUCUGAUGAGCAGUUAGCUCUAUUGUUAUCCAAGCUAUGACAUAAGUGGACAGAACCAAAAUCUGGUAAAAGGAAUUGAAGAGUGUAAACAUCAGUUGGCUGCGAGACACAGGGAGCAUGCAUUGAAGUUUGUUAAGGUAUCUGACAAGCAAUUAGCUCUACUUCUGCCCAAGCUAUCACGUAAACAGACAGCACCAAAUUUUGUAAUAAGAAGUUAAAGAGGUACUACAAGAGCAGGUCACCAUUGAGUUUGUUCACUUGCUUGU